AUGAGUGCCGCAGAAGUUGCCGUGCUUGAGGGGAGCGAGCCGUCUAUGGCAAGGGUCGCCAGUCCCACCUCGGUAGCCGGGGCGGCCUGCGCCGGUGACAAGGUCGUGCAAGGCGCUGUGACAACCACACGCCGCACGAUGAAGAUCGCAGGUCUUGCCCUCUUCGCUCUGGCCUUUGCCUUCGCAUUCUUCGGUUGGCCCACGAACCUCUUGGAGGAUGCAGCCACGCACCGGAGGGUCCUAGCAGCACUCUUCAUCACCGGCAUCACGCUCGUGGCGCUGGAGGAUGUUCUGCGACUGGACAAGUCGGCGAUCAUGCUUGUCUUGGCUUCCGUGAUGUGGACGUACCAUGCGGCGGGCAUUCAUGCCAGAUCUGCAGAAGGACACGAGCUCCUCCAGGAGGAACUGAUGAAAGGACUCUUCGAGGUCGGCAGCGUCAUCUUGUUUCUGUUGCCUGCCAUGUGCGUGGUGGAGUCCAUCGAUCACAUGAAUGGCUUCGCAGUUGUCACGGCGUUCAUCGUUCGCCAGACGCAGGAGAAGGUGAUCGACAAUCUCACUGCCACCAUCUUCUGCGUCAAGAUCCUGCAGCGGGCGGCGGCAAACGCCGGAGGCGCCUGGAGUCCGCGAUUCAGCCGACCACACUGUGAAGCGUCCGAAGCUGAAGAGGGCAAUCCCAGGCAAGACUCUUCGGCUUAA